UUGCUGUGGAGCUCAGAGCGACGCGACUCAAAACAUUCACGGCAGCCGAGAGGAGUGCACUCAAGGCGGCCACUGCUCUUGUCCAUUCCCCGUGGGCCAACCAUCUGGAUGGACCCCCGAUCAGCCAUGAAGUAACGGGCCUAAGCACCACAGCCGAGUCGCUGACAUUUUGACGAUGAAGACGGCCGCUGUGCUGGUGUGUUUGGCCAUUGUACUGGACAUCCAGCCAUGCCACGGUACCAUAGAGGAUUUUCCCGUUCCAGAGCACGUGAGACUGGAGACACUGAACACACACUAUGUCUUAAAGUGGGACUGGAACACACACACACCUCACCACAACGUCACCUUCACCGCACAGUACCUGGCGAAGUACAAGUUGCGUCGGCGUCGUCUGGACUGGGUGAGUGUGUGUGAGGGUGUUGAUGAGCGGGAGUGUGACUUCACCGCCGCCAAACUCACCUAUCUGGGCAUAUUCUUGCUGCGUGUCCGAGCCAACACACACACACACGCACACACACACGGGGAGGAACACACACUGCACUCCGACUGGGUCAACAUCACAUUCUGCCCCGACAUCGAUGCUGUGUUGGGCCCGCCCUCUAGUGUUGACAUCACCAGUGAGGGGCGUGGCCUAUUGGAGCUGAGGAUUCUGGAUCCCGUAACCCACGACAACCAGUCCAUGGGAACGCUCAUAGAACACAUGUACUAUCGAAUACAAUACUGGAUACCGCGCACACACCCUGAGGUUCAGGAGUUGAAUAGUUCUGUCUCUCUGGUGACAUUAUCGUCCCUAGUGGAGGGGGAGGUGUACUGCGCCCGAGUUCAGACGCGAUACGACUAUUACAACAAAGCCUCAACAUACACAAGCCCACAGUGCCUCAAAGUCACAGGUGUGACUCCGUACUGGCAGGUGGCGCUGUGGUUCCUGUUGGCGCUGCUGCUGGUGUCUGGAGUCGUCAUGCUCUUCUUCUACACCUCAGUCAGGGUGCUCAAGAUCACCCGCCCCAGUAACAAGCUGCCCACACACAUGCACCAGUAUUUCCAGUCUCCGGCCUGCGACAGGCCACGCCUCCUGACCCCUGAGUCCGAGUCCUGUCUUCUGAUUGGCCAGAUGGACGUGGAGCUGCUGCCGGCCUCCCCGCCCCCCUGUUGCCCGGGCGACGACCAUCGCACACAAACACACCACUGUUGUCACGACAACAACAACGCAGACUCCUCGGACUGUUCUGAUCAGAGUCGCCAUAGUUACGCAGACUCGGAUGAGGGUUCUAAUCACAGUCGCCACGGCAGCGGAGACUCUGGGAUGUACUCGGCUGAGGAGGCGUCGGGAGGAGGGAGGAGAGGAGUGGGGGAUAGAGGAGGAGAAGAGGAGGAGGAGAAGAGAGGAGAGGAGGAGAGUGGAGAAGAGGAGGAGGAGGAGGAGAAGAAGAAGAGAGGAGAGCAGGAUAGUGGAGAGGAGGAGAGUGUAGAGGAGUGUAGAGGACAGGAGAAGAGAAGUGGAAAGGGUGAUAGAGUAGACCAAGAGAAGAGGAGUGGAGAGGAGGAGCCGGAGAGAGAGCGUGAAAACGGGAGGAAACAUGAAGAAACGGAGGAAGAUGAAGGAGUCAGAGAUGUGUGUGUGUGAGGAGAGAGAGAGAGACUAGAGAAAUUGUACUGUACGUGUUUAUGAGAAGGAAAGCACGCUUGUUUCAGGCGUGUGUGUGUGUGUGUG